AUGUCACUACAAGCUCUUCUACGGGGAUGUCGUGACGGGUUCCCGCCGACAAGGAGGUCCAAUCCGGCGCUAAAAGGAUACCCUGAAGACCGCCUUGAAGCGUCUGCAAAUCAUCUCGUCAAACUGGGAAGACCUCGCCCUGGAGUGACCGACCUGAAGGAGAGCGGUGAAGACCGGUGCGGCAAUCUACGAGUCCAGCCCCUUUCACCAUCAUCAAAGCCAAACACGAGGUUCGCAAAUCUCAACUGCGCCUACCUCGCAACGCCAACGCUCAACCGCCCCGACCUGCUUGAGAUGUCAGCGGACCUUCCGUGCACCACUCGGACUUAUUGGAUUUCUUCGUACCAACUGCAGCACCCGGGCGACGCCACCCGAUGUCCCCCGUCCACCUCUGCCUCGCUCCCCACGUUGACAAUCGACGCUGACCGCACUCCUUCACCACCACUACUAUCCUCCUCUGUCGCUUCAGCAUGCGCUGCAACGGCUCCUGCACCCACCACCACUGCACACAAUCCUGAUGCACCAACAAACACCAACCUCCCCACCGUAAACGCCAACGAUGUGUACUCGGUCCCAACCUGUCCUCAUUGUGAUUGCAUAUUCACCUCACGCAUCGGCGCCGUCGGUCACUUAUGA